AUUUGGAGCAAGUGCGCUUGCGCUGCCUCCGUCAGCCGGGAUCGGGAAUAUGGCCGCGCAGUCAGUGUGGGCUGUUCGGCGGCUGGUGCAGCGCCUUCUGGCCUCGAGUGCCGCAUCCGAGGGCAGGGGAUGGCCGCACCCUUUCAGCACCGCCACCCAGAGAACUGCUGGAGAGCACUGCAGUUCUGAGGACCCCCCCGAUGACCUUGGGCCCUCUCUUGCAGAACGAGCCUUAAAGCUGAAAGCUGUGAAACUGGAGAAGGAAGUCCAGGACUUAACAAUGAGGUACCAGAGAGCUGUAGCUGACGGUGAAAACAUAAGGCGGCGAACCCAGAGAUGUGUAGAAGACGCCAAGAUAUUUGGAAUUCAGAGUUUCUGUAAGGACUUGGUAGAGGUGGCAGACAUUUUGGAGAAAACUACAGAGUACAUUUCUGAAGAAACAGAGCCUGGGGACCAGAAGCUCACUCUGGAGAAGAUCUUCCGAGGCUUAUCACUUUUGGAAGCGAAGCUGAAGAGUGUGUUUGCCAAACAUGGCCUAGAGAAGAUGACACCCAUCGGUGACAAAUAUGACCCUCAUGAGCAUGAACUCAUCUGCCACGUGCCAGCUGGCGUUGGGGUACAGCCCGGCACUGUGGCAUUUGUAAGGCAAGAUGGCUACAAGCUUCAUGGCCGCACCAUUAGACUUGCCCAGGUGGAAGUGGCAGUGGAGUCUCAGAGAAGACUGUGAAUGGGCCGUGAGGGCCUGACCGCUCCCCCUGAGCUCAGUCACCUGUGUUUCUUUUAUUUAUUACACUAGGUUUGUAUUGUACAUGAGGUACUUCAUGUGGUCUGUUUUGGAUUUAGUCAUAUUGGCUUUAUUUCUAAGAUACUCUACUGAUUUAAUGUGACCUAUUUGGUCCCAUCAGAAGUCUUGCCAUUGGGCAUUUGAACAAUGUGACAAAUGAUGCUAUGGCCUUUGUCCAAAUAUGUUUUAAGAAAAUCAUUGGAAAAUUGGUGCUCUGCUGACUGUCCAUUGAAAAUCUUUUGAAAAGUUGUAAAUGUGUAUAUGUUUAUGUAUUUUCAGCUAAAUGCUUCUCUCUAAUGGUCCCUGUAACAGGAAUUAUAUAGGAUGUGUUCUUUCGUGGGAAAAGGAGAUGGUAGGGAUUGGCUCAGCAUCUGGAUACUUGGAGGAUGAAGCUCUAGAGUUACAUGAAUUUAGAUCGUUUGGGUUGAUGUUUAUACACACAGAUUUUUUGGGGGACUUCCCCUUUUUAUUUUUCUUUUAGCUACUUUUUGUCCUUGUAGUCCCCACCAGGGAGGCCAUAUUCACACUCAUGGGCCCUUUCCAGUUCCCAUUUAUAAGGACUAAUUAAGGCCAAGGCAAGACUUGGAAGCCAAGGAGUAUCAAGAAAUUCAACAUACCAGAUCCCUUUCAAGCAAGCAUGACCAGGAAAUGCUGUGCUUUCUUUGCUGAGUUACCUUCAAAUUUUCAGCCUCCCUGGGUAUAUGAGCAUUUCAGGGAAGCCAAAGCAGCACCCAGAGCCAGUGACCCAAAUUGGUCUAUAUGAGUAAUUUACCUAUAACUUCUCUCUCCACUAGCCCUUAAAUCUUCCACUUUUCUGAUUUCUUUUAUUGUCCCUUAUUAAAUUAUGCAGGGAGGUGGUGAGGACAAAAAUAUGUUCCUACAAUUUUUCAUUUCAUUUAGUUUUGCUGAUUUUUUUUUUUUGUACUCACAAAUCACUACCUCUCUCACACUGGUAAACUUUAUUUUCUAGUUUUUGUAUCUGUCUGAUGUUACAUGGAUUGAUAUCUAGCUGGAGUUAGUGGGACUGUGUUUGUAUUUGUUAUUUUCUAUCUUACUUAUACCUGGUGCUCUGUAAAAGAUUUGUUCAGUAAAUGAGUGAAUGAAUGACCUAUGAAUCAGACUUGAGGAGAAGGUCCAUUACGGAUUUGUAAUGUUAGAAGAGGCCUUAAUGAUGAUCUCAUCUCACCCUUUCAGCUUCUUAAGCAUGAAAACCUCUUUUAAGAACUGGACUCAAAAGUAUCUAAAACUAGUAUAACAAUUUCUGUGAGGACUUGAAUAAGGAACAACUACAUACUAACUUUAAUCAUUUAAGCUUCAGCAGUUCUGUAAUGAGCCUGCAAAUGUGUCCCCAGCAAACAAAGGUCAUUGGAGGUCCAGACUGCAUGAGUUCAGGUUUUAAAGUCAGUUAUCCAUAAAAUAAAUCCAUUUCUGGAACUUUCUGACCCCGUUCUGUGGAGUGGUAAAAGUUCUCCCCUUAGACCUCAUAGAUAGUUGUAGCACACUCCACACAUAUAUCAACAAAGCCAACUCCACCAGAAUUAGACACUUAAAAAAACAAGCAAAGAGAUGCUUUUAAGAAGCAAACAAAAAACUGGUGGUAAGAUUUUUAAAACCAGAACCUCUUUCAGCUUUCCACUAAGUAAGUACUGUAAAUUUAAUGAGCAGUCAGAGUUCACCAUAGGAAUCAGUCUUUUUUUUUUUUUUUUUUUGCUGUCAUUCCUUUGAGAUUGACAGAUGGUGACAAGAAAAGGACCCGAUGAUAAUUACCUAGGUUUUUGGGAGUUACCAGCUGUCACUAUCAAUGAUUUAGAGUCACCAUAAUGUUAGGUAUGGAGUGUUCGAGCACUUCAAGCAUUUUCUAAUAUUCCUUGCAACCUCCCGGUUUAGCAAGUAGAUUGAGGAUAAUUUUAGAUUCUUUUGUUAUUCAGUAGUUAUGCAGAUUUAAAAGUGUAAAUUUAGGAGAUGGAGCUAUAACAGUAAGAAUCUCAGAAAGUUGGGUUUUUGGGAGCCAGAGCAGCAAGAGAGAGCAGAGGCUCUGUAGGCAUGGACUUGAAUGUAAAUCCCAGCCCAGUCCCCUGUGUCACCUCGGGCCCCAGUCAUCUCACCCUCCUGAGCCUGCUUCCUCAUUUAUACAACGAUUACAGUUCUCUCAGUAUUGUGAGGACUGGAUGGAAUGUGUAAAUCGUCUACUACAGUAGGCCCUCAAAUAGUUAUUUUUUAUCACUUUUUAUUAUACAUGUGGUUUUGCCUCUAUUUUUUUUAUAGCUGCCCUAAAGUCUAAGGAAAAAGGUAGACUGGUUAAAUGAUGUUUUUCUGUAAAAAACUGUAGUUUAAUCAGUCACAGUGACUUUUUUUCCUUCUUUUUUUUUUUUUAAACAUAAGAAAAUUGUGUCCGCUCUCUUCAUUAUUUUCAUCUUGAUGGUAAAGCAGAAAGACAUUUUAGGCCUGCAGAAGUGUAAGGAAGCCGUGGCUCACUUGAAGAGGGAUCUUGGUGUUCUAGUGCACACAGUCUACCAAUCUUUUACGAUUUACGAUUUUUGGAUUUUCUUCACAGCUACAAGGGAAUCGGUUUGAUACUGAUAAGUUAAUUGGUGCUCUCUCAUGGCAAAGGAUUUGAUAAGUGAAGAAAGUCUUGAACACUAAAGCAAACCAAAUAGAACUAAGGAUGAAAUCUAUUCAGAAGCAACUUCAAUAAAACCUGAGUUGACGUAACCGCA